AAAAGAUCCACCACUACCAAAACUCCCUCUCUGUCUCUCUCUCAUACACACACACACAAUCUCAUCUCCUCAAGGUUUUGUGUAAAAGAAAGAGAGACAUGGGUGCGAUAAACCAAGGAAUAAGCUUAUUCGAUGAACCACAAAACAUCGUAAACCCUCAUAAUAGUAACCAUUUAGGUUUCUUUUUCUCUUUUCCUAGUCACACAUUAUCCUCGUCAUCUUCCUCGACUUCAUCUUCUCCUUCUUCUCUUGUGUCUCCAUUUCUAGGUCAUUACUCCUUAAACUCCUUCCUUCACAAUAACCCCUCUUCCUUUGUAACUCACCCUCAAGAUCCCAUCCAUCCCAUGGCGAAUAUCCCAGAAACCCUAAUCUCGUCAAAGCAAAGGGAUGCUCAUGAUAGUAUUGUUAAUCUUGAUCAUCAUCGUCUUACCGGUGAUAUAUCAUCCCAAAGACCCUCUCCAAACUUAUGGGCAUGGAGUAGCCAAGCAGGAUACGACUACAGCGAGAAAAACGGCCAUGGAAGCGAGAUUGAUGUAGACGAUAUUGAUGAUGAUGUUGGUGAUGGCGGUGGUAUUGAUGAUCAUCAUCAUCAUCAACGUCAUGAUGGUCCUCGUCGUCAGAAACAUAACACGAAUUUGUUAGGAGUAGUGUCUACUCUGAAGAUGAAGAAGCUGAAGACGAGAAGAAAAGUGAGGGAGCCUCGGUUUUGCUUCAAGACACUAAGCGAUGUUGAUGUCUUAGAUGAUGGAUAUAGAUGGAGAAAAUAUGGCCAGAAAGUUGUCAAGAACACUCAACAUCCCAGGAGCUAUUACAGAUGCACACAAGACAAGUGUAGGGUGAAGAAGAGAGUGGAGAGACUGGCAGAUGAUCCAAGAAUGGUAAUCACUACUUACGAAGGAAGACAUCUUCACUCUCCUUCUAAUCAUCUCGAUGACGACUCCCUCUCCUCCUCCCACCACUCUCCUCUCUCCAACUUCUUCUGGUGAUUCUAUUUUUUUUUUCUUUUUAAAACUAAAAUUUAUCUAUCCUGCAUCGAUCUAAACAUCGCUAUACUUUGAUAGAAAAAGAAGGUAAUAACUACAUAUAUGUUCUUCUCGUUAGGAAAUAGGUACGAUGUCUUUAUGUGUAGUGUGUUUGUGUGGUCGUUUAGGUUCGAAUUUUGUAAGAUGAUUAAUUAAUGUACCUUUUCCAUCCUGAAGAUUAUAUAUGCGAAUGU